AUGGCCGAAUCAAAAGAUGAUUAUAUUCCGUACGAGCAUCGGGAGGUGCCCUUUCCCAUAUCAAAUCUUGGUGCGCUAAUGAAUGUUAUUAAAGCAAUUAUUGGAACGGGUAUAUUGGUCGCGCCUAUGGCGUUUCACAAUGCCGGCUGGUUGAAUGCGUUGAUUAGUACAACUUUAAUUGGUCUUAUUGUCUUAUAUUCUAAACAAAUAUUGAUGUCUGGCUUGUAUGAGAUAGCAAAACGAAGACGAGUGCCAGUCUUUACGUAUGCCGAAGGCGUGGUGGAAGCACUUGCUGAGGGACCACCGUGUAUGCGUGGACUGCAGAGAGUAUUACGUUGCAGUGUGAACUCAUUUCUUUUCGUUUAUCAUUUCGGUUCCUGUUGUGUCUACGUAGUUUUCAUAGCGAAUUGUGUGAAAGAUCUUGGUGACCAUUAUUGGUCCAUUUGGGAUAGUCGAAUAUACAUGUGCUUCGAAAUCCUCCCACUAUGUUUGAUUUACUGUAUACCGAACUUGAAGUCAUUGGUUCCUUAUGCGAUGAUCGCAAAUUUUUCACUAUUGUUUG